AUGGGUUCUAUCAAAAAGAUUUUACCACCUCAACCACAUUAUUUGUCCGGAUACACUGGAUUUGUUCCGGGCUACAAAAGUUCCUGUGGUCAGAGCUAUGGAAAGUUAACUCACGAUUUGUUUUUCGACAAGACAGUUAAACGAUCCAAUGUACCAGUACUAAGUGAUCUUACUAACGUAUAUGACGAUACGAUUUGUACUCUUCAAGAAGAGGACUCCAUAAAUAAGCGAUGUGAAGAUAAUUUAAGUUGCAAGUUUACUACUGAUAUAAUACCAGGUUAUGCCGGAUAUGUACCUCAAUAUAUCUUCUUAUGUGGAAACAAAUAUACUGCGGACGCAACUCGGGCAAUCAAUAAUUUUGUGAAAAUACAAAAGGCAUGUUCGUGUCCAGAAUGUGAACAGAAACUGGGACGUUCUGUGAAAAUUGAUAAGAACAUUUUAGAUGUUGAGGCGGGUGUACCACGAAACGUCAAUGAAUAUACACAUCCAAUAUUCAAAAAGGACUUGGAAGCUGAAAAAGUAUUCAAACAACAAUACAAACCAACUUCUCCGAUUCCACCUACCAAAAAAACUUAUUUUUUAGAGAACGGGAAUCCACACAAAAAAUGCAUGGCUGGUUAUGCAGGACAUGUACCGGGUUUAUUAUUUGAGUUUGGCCAGUCAAAUACUCCUGCAACAAUAGACGCUCUGAACAAAUUCACAGACCGGUAUGUUAAACACAAAUUUUAA